AGGUUCUUUAUCGGGCAAGAGUUCUCCAUGGACCUUAAGCACUGAGGAAGAACCAUUUAAGAACCUUUAUUUCUGUCUGUGUUGGCUGGCACAACUGUGAAACCAGGCACGUGCCCAAAAGGGGCAGGAGUGAGGUAUAAAAAUAACAAGUCAGCGCAUCCCACCAUGACCAUACACUUCUUAAGAAGAUGAUUAUAGUCUCUGUCUCAACUGUACUUAGGCAGAUCCUCUCUCAAUCUCUAUCUUGAACAUGAGAGCCCAAUUCCGGGGAGUUCUCACCUUGGCGCUCAUGGUCGCCGUGUGCGCAUUGCUCUAUGUGCUCCUGUAUGGACAAAUCUCUGAUCAUAGCAUCGGCUAUUUUCAAAAACUACAACUAGCUCCUCGGGGAGGGCGUCUCUGCGAAACGAAUUGUCCUUGUAAAAAUACAACAGGAGAUGUUUUUACGGCUGGAUCCGGGUCUGCACACAAGGAGACCCCCAUGCUCCGGCUGCAAAAAAAGGACUUCAAGCAAUAUCCCAUCUGGGCUUCUGAGGAUGUUUAUGUCCGGGACAAGCAAAAGAGGCAGAUGACCUGUCCCCAGUCUCUGAGGAACUCCCAGAACACAGGCUUCAAGCAGGCCUUUAUACCAGACAUCCAGAUGUACCUCCACGGAGAACUACUCAACGUGUCAGAGUGGAACAGACUAGCCUACUUCAAUAACCCCUUUGGCUUUAUGGACUACACUAACUACACAGAGAUAAAGGCAGUGGUGGAUCUGAUUCCCAAGCCCAGAGAGCCCCUGCUCUUGCCACGGGGAAACCCUGGGUGUAUACGCUGUGCUGUGGUGGCAACAGGAGGAAUACUCAACGGCUCUAGGAUGGGCAAGGAGAUAGAUGCUCACGACUAUGUGUUCCGGAUGAAUGGUGCCGUAACCAAGGGUUACGAGGAGGAUGUAGGCAACAGAACCUCGGUCUACGUUCACACCGCCCACUCCAUCACCCAGUCUCUUCUCAUAUUCAAGAAAUACGGCUACAACAGUGCACCGCAUGACAAGGGUAUAAAGUAUGUGCUGAUUCCAGAGGGGCUGAGGGAUUUCCAGUGGCUAAAGGGUCUAUUGGGGAGGACAACUGUCUCUGAUGGACCCUACAGGAACAGACGACCGUGGAUGCAAUACUCAGGAGAGUUUGAUGAGAACCGCUUCUAUGUUCUUCACCCUGACUUCCUCAGAUACGCCCGUAACAGGUUCAUGUGGUCCCAGGCGCUGAAGGGUUCUUAUUGGGCUAUAUGCAGACCUACUAACGGAGCAUUCACACUCUUCCUGGCCCUGCACACCUGUGAUGUGGUGGAUGCGUAUGGAUUCAUCACUGAGGACCACAGUAAAUAUCCUAACUACUAUGCUGAGAGACACUCUAAAACCAGAGUCAUCUUCUACGCUAAUCACGACUACAACCUAGAGAUCAAGACCUGGAAGAAACUACAUGACACCAAGAUCAUCAGGCUUUAUCAGAGACAGGAGAGCCCAGAGAGAAAGACAGGAAAGCCAACAGAACCAUAAAACCCUGUCUGAGAUGAGCAAAGAUACAUUGACAUGUCAUGUAUCUUGUUACAAAAUAAACUAAAGACCAUUGCAUUUAUAUCAGAAUAAACAACAAAAUACUGGUGCCAAGUAAUGUAUUUACUUGAAAUGCAUGUAUUAUCCAUCCCAUGCCAUCAGGGGCAACAGUGAAAGCUGUUACCUUCAAGUAGGUUUAAGUUUUUCUCGGGCUUUGUGGACGGGGAUGGCGAAUAGGUAUCUGCCUCAGGUGCCAAAGGUAGCACGCUCGAAUCCAGCAAUUGUUGUUUUAAGCCUAUCCCAAACCUUCACUCUUACCUUAACCAUUUGGAGUUCAUGCCUAACCUUACAAUUUCAGAGUUAAUGCCUGAACUUAAUUCUAACACUUACAAUUCAAAGUUUAUGCCUAAACUUAAUUCUAACACUUACAAUUCAAAGUUAAUGCCUAAACUUAAUUCUAACAUUGACAAUUCAGAGUUAAUGCCUAAACUUAACCAUAAAUACUUACAAAUUUGACUUUUGCAACAACUUUGAAAUUUGACGUUUGAGAAACAUGGACAAAUGUUUAUUUCUGACUUGAGACUGCGAGAGCUAGUUGACAAAUAGCCAAUAAUACUGGUGCCAAGUAAUGUAUUUAAUUCAAAUACAUGUAAAAUACAUUUGCAAGUAGCCCCUUUCUAUAUGGUUUGUGUUAACAUUGCUUUAAAGUAAUUAGUCAACAUAUUGUGACGUGGAAUCUACAUGGAAAAUACAUUGGAUUUGGAAAAAGUAAUCAACUGUUGUUUUGAGGGUGAAAUUUCAACCAUUGGGUUAUGUCUUCAUGGUAACCAAAUUUCAACAUACACAAACCUUGUAUAGAAUAUAUUGAAUGUGUACCUUUAACCCUCAUGGGAAUUGGCCUAUAUAGCCUAUUAAGUUUUUGUUAAGUUAACAAAUUAUAUGUAAAAUUCACAUUUGCAAGUCAACCUAAAAUAAAUGUUAAUGAAUGCAAUUAAACUAUAUAAUCUCAACUGCAAUCCAGGUAAUUUGGUUGUGCUAUUAGAUGAAGCACAGAGAUAACACAUUAAUAUGUUGUAUGAAUAAACCAAAUAUCUGACAUUGUAUUCACAUUUGAACAUUGCUGUGCUUUUAAAUGGUUGAAAGCGCAGUGAUAGAGAUUUGGGUGACUAAGCCAGAAAUUGAACAUUGUUUUUCCAUUUGAAAUUGAUUGUGCUUUUAGAUGGUUGAAAGCACAUUGGAAACUCAAUUAACUUUUCGCUGUCUUUUUGAGCGGGUGAAUGUAGUUUGUAAUCUCAUUGAUCAAUGUCUCAGCCAAAUAUUACCAAAUUAUCCACUUUGAAAUGACGUGUUGUGCCCUUUGGGAAAUGUCACGUUUGAGGGGUGCACACGAAUGCUCACAGCUCACAGCUAAAAACUAAAUGCUGAUAAAAACUAAAUGCUGAUAUCGGGACCUUGACAAAUUUAGCAGUGAGUAUGUGAACACCAUGAAAACACACAAGACUGAUGGCUAUGGCUAUGGCUAUGGCUAUGGCUAUGGCUAUGCUAUGGCUAUGGCUAUGGCUAUGGCUAUGGCUAUGGCUAUGGCUAUGGCUAUGCUCAACAAGUAUAUUAUUAUUCUGGCUUUAUCUAGUUUUAUUUGUGAUAUUUUACCUUGCCUCACUGGCUUGCUAACUUCCGAGGUAAUCAAUCCUCCGAUGACAUCUGUGAUGUUGUAGACGAUAACCACCGAGGUAAAGAUAGUUUCAAGUUGGAACUUUGACGGAUUUCAGACGGAUUUUCACUCUUUCAGACCUCAAUAGCUUUCAAACCACUUGAGCCACAGACUCCUAAUAAGUGUCAUGAUGUUGGAAAAAUUGUGCACAACAUUGCUCAGGUCUUAUUUUCACGAUUUGGACAUUAAUUCACUUUCCAAAGCUAAUAAACAUGUGGAAAUAUGAGCAGCAUUUUGUAUUCCUAGUUGAACUAGUUAGGGAGCAUAAACAAAGUACAAACUUUUUUACAUUCAAAUUUCUAUAGCUCCUUGGUCAUGUGACCUACUUGACUCAAACAAGGUUCAGAAUGUCCACUGACUACCCUUCUAUAUUGCACACCCUUUGGUUUGUCCAUUUUCAUCUCACACAUUUUUACAUUAUUUUUUCGAAAUUUCAAUAGCUCCUUGGUCAUGUGACCUACUGACUUCAAACAAGGUUCAGAAUGUACACUCAGUGGGCCUACACACCGCACACCCUUUAGUUUGUUCAUUUUCAUCUUACUCGAUUUUACAUUCAUUUUUCAAAGUGAAAAACUUCAAUCACUCCUUGGUCAUGUGACCUACUGGACUCAAACAAACUUCAGAAUGUCCACAGACUAGCCUUAUAUAUUGCACACUCUUGUUUGUGUACGGUAAAAUCAAGCAGUGUAAAAUACAUUUUUCAUAGUUUUACAUUUCAAUAGCUCCUUGGUCAUGUCAAUUACACACCUAAGAAGCAUGCAGUGGAUAUACAUCCAUAUUGCAUAACCUCUAGUCAUGUAGCUUCUAUAUUGUUGUACAUUAAUAUUAGUUUGACAAUUAGGGGGUUCAGUCCAGUGUUGUGUUUACCCUUUUCUUUAAUAUUUAUUGAUAAUAAUUGGUAGUCCUAAGUUCUUAUUUUCCCUGUUUUUUUUUUUUGCCACAGUAUUUAACAGCGGUACACAAUAGGGGAGGGACAGAUAAUAUUUCCUUUUGUCGUUAAUAUCAACCAUAAAGGAAAAGGGCAAAGUACUGUACAAGAGUCAUGCUAAUAAUUGUCCAAAGCAGGGAUGGAGAGUGAGCUAGUGAGAUAGGCUGCAGUGGGUUUGCUGGGCAAUACAUAUACUGAAAAUGUAACCACAGUAAUGGUGGCCAUAAAAUCAAUGAAUAAAAAUGGA